UGGGCUCACCGCCGCCCUAGGUCGUGGUCUCGUUGUUGUUCCCGAGGCUCCAGCAUUCAUGAUGAACUUACUUCAGAUUGUGCGUGACCGCUGGGUACAUAUACUUGUCCCUGUGGGAUUUGUCGUUGGAUGUUACCUAGACAGAAAGAAUGAUGAAAAGCUAAUUGCCUUCCGGAACAAGAGUCUGUUAUAUAAAAGGGAAUUAAGACCCAGUGAAGAAGUCACCUGGAAGUAAAGGCUGCUGCUGAAUUACAGAAUGUUCACAGUUUUUAAAUUAUAAGAGAAAUAAAAACACAUUCAUUACUU